AUGUCUGCACUCAAGGAUCUUCUUCAAGACCCCUCGAUCCUCAAGAAUCAAUGCUACGUUGACGGGAAAUGGGUCGAAGCAGCCUCUGGCAAGCGCUUCUCUGUAGACAACCCCUCGACCUCGGCCAUACUCGGAGAGUGCCCAGAGUUCGAUGCCGCCGACACCGAAGCCGCCAUCCUCGCGGCCUCGCGCGCCCUUCCCUCGUUCCGGCGCACGCCCGCGCGGCAGCGCGCCUCCCUCCUGCGCCGCUGGCACGACCUGAUGCUCGCGCACGCCGCGGACCUCGCCACCAUCAUCACCGUCGAGAACGGCAAGCCGCUGGCGGACGCGGCGACCGAGGUGCGCUACGCGGCGAGCUUCCUGGAGUGGUUCGCCGAGGAGGCCCCGCGCGUGUGCGGCGACGCCAUGCCCGCCAGCAGCAGCGACGCCUGCCGCAUCGUGACCGCGCGCGAGGCCGUCGGCGUCUGCGGCAUCAUCACCCCGUGGAACUUCCCCGCAGCCAUGAUCACGCGCAAGGUCGGCCCCGCGCUGGCGGCCGGCUGCGUGGUGGUGGUCAAGGCGCCGGCGGAGGCGCCGCUGACCGCGCUGGCGCUCGCGGAGCUGGCGCGCCGCGCGGGCCUCCCGGCCGGCGUGGUCAACGUGGUGACGGCGAUGGCGGGUACGGUCGCGGUAGGCGAGGCGCUGACGACGCACCCGGCCGUCCGCAAGGUCUCGUUCACCGGGUCGACGCCGGUGGGCCGGCUACUGAUGCGGCAGGCGGCGUCGACGCUGAAGAAGCUGUCGCUGGAGCUCGGCGGCAACGCGCCGUUCAUCGUGUUCGCGGACGCGGACCUGGAGGCCGCGGUGCGCGGCGCGGUGGAGUGCAAGUUCCGGCUGUCCGGGCAGACGUGCGUGUGCGCGAACCGGCUGCUGGUGCACCGGGACGUGCACGACCGGUUCGUGCGGAUGCUGGCGGACGCGGUCGCGGGGUUCCGGGUCGGCGACGGGCUGGAUGCGGCGACGACGCACGGGCCGCUCAUCCACGGGCGGGCGGUGCAGAAGUGCGCGGAGCACGUUGAGGACGCGGUGGCGAAGGGCGCACGGGUGCUGGUCGGCGGGGGCCGGGUGCCGGCGCUGGGGAGCAACUUCUUCGCGAUGACGGUGCUGGCGGACGUGAAGCCGACGAUGCGCAUCGCGCGCGAGGAGACGUUCGGGCCGAUAGCGGCGGUGUUUACGUUCGACACGGAGGAGGAGGCGAUCGCGCUGGCCAACGACACCGAGGUCGGGCUGGCGGGCUACUUCUUCAGCAAGGACCACAGCCGGUGCUGGCGCGUGGCCGAGGCGCUGGAGGUGGGCAUGGUGGGCGUGAAUACAGGAGCAAUCAGUGACCCGAUCGCGCCGUUUGGUGGUAUCAAGCAGAGUGGUUAUGGGAGGGAGGGAAGCAAGUACGGGAUUGACGAGUAUUUGACGACGAAGAUGGUGAUGAUGGCCGGUAUAGACUAG